GGAGGCUGCAGGGUGAGAGGCGUCAGUGUAUCAUCAUGAAGGCAGCGGGAGGGUUGGUGCUCCUGCUCCACCUCGGCGCUCUGGGACUGGGAUCAGGAUUCAGCACUCAGAGGAACGAGAGUCAGUAUUUUCCCUUCUACAUGAUGCGUCUGUAUCACAGCUUCAGCACCAAUCAGACUCCAGCACCGCCAUCUUCAUCAUCUUCAUCAUCAGCACCACUUCAUCACCUCCAUCCUCAUCAUCACGUGGAUCCGGACAGAGCGCUGAGAGCCGACACGGUCCGCAGCGUCGCUCCCAGGAAUGUAGUCUUUCGAGACAGAAACUGGAUCACGACCUUUGACCUUUCCACUUUGCUCUCGGAGCGCCACGUCCAGGCUGUCGAGCUGAGGAUCCGCGUUCCUACGGUGACCCUUCAGCCAGAGGUUACCGUGGAGCUGCGUCAUCAUCAGGACCGGCCGUGUCCCAAACGCAGCGUGUGCAUCGAGGACCAGUCACUGGGAUUUCUCCCAGAAUCCUCUCUGAUCAGCUCGUCCAAUCAUUGGAGAGUGUAUAACGUCACGGCUCGGCUGCUCCGCUGGAUGGACGUCGCGCUCUCGCAGAGGAGGAGUAGGGCGAUGAGGAGGAAGGUCAAAGGUCACGCCCCUUCAGGCGUCAAGGUGGCAAACAUGGGAAUGAAUCGCGCGCUGCUGGUGGUGUUCUCACACGAGGGAUCGAAGGACGGAGAGCAGGAUAAAGCAAGUCUGCUUCGUACGGCCGAGCGCUCCAAAUUCCUCCUGAGUGCGGAGAGUCAGGUGGUGAGGAGGGUGAAGAGGCAGAAGAGCCGCCGCAAGAACGACAAGAACGAGAGAGAGAAAGAGAACGAGAAGAAGAGCCUCUGCAGGAGAGUGGACAUGCACGUCGACUUCAACCAGAUCGGAUGGGGCUCCUGGAUCAUCUUCCCUAAAAAGUACAACGCCUACCGCUGUGAAGGGGCAUGUCCUAAUCCACUUGGACAGGACUUCCACCCUACAAACCAUGCCUACAUGCAGAGUUUACUGAAACACUUCCAGCCGGGUCGAGUUCCCUCGCCGUGCUGCGCUCCAGUCCGCACCAGCGCCCUCAGCAUGCUGUACUACGAGAACGGAGAGAUGAUCCUGCGGCAUCAUGAAGAGAUGGUUGUGGAGGAGUGCGGCUGUCACUGACGGAGAGAAGGAUCACAUUUCUACACCUCCGUCUGAGACCAACGACAAACACUCUACCUCUCAAACACAGGGUUCAACGGCGGUGUCCCAAUACAUCUGGAACAAACAAUAACGCUACGCAGUGCACUACACGUCCAGUAGGGCACAGUCCGGUGUUCAGUUUCCUUCUCCCUAUGUCAGUGCACUAGAUACGGAGCGUAGGACGAGUUUCAUCACGUAAGCUCACUACCUAGGGUGUGAAAUAACAGUUUCUGUUCCCUACUACUGUUCUGUAGUUUAUACUUUUUUAACGACGGACUUUUUGUUUUGAAGCACUGCUAAUGCAUUUAAAUUGUGUAAAUAUUUAAUGUAAAUAACGGAUAUACAGAGUCAUAAUAUUUAUGUUCAUAUUAUUUAUGAUUUUUUGGUUACAGGACAUCCACAUAAUGUUUUUUUCCCAAAAUAAAGAAAUACAUUUCCAAUAAAUACUUUUUUCUCUUGUGCUUUUUUUAUUCUUAUUUCU